GGCAGGUCGCCCAUGAUGCGGACAGACCCAGUAAUGCCCCAUUAUUUUUGCGCACAGACCAUGAUAAAAUAGACUAUUCAUUUCACUCCAUUUCAGGUUAAAAUACUUAAUCAGACAUAGGCUUUAAGCAACAUUCAAUUACAUCUCAAUCGACUACUAAAAUAAUGUAACACGUUUAUUUAUCACCUAGCGCGAACAGAGGACUCCGGAGCAUUUUCAGUUGAGAGCGUGUCUGGUGAGAGGCGGAUCGCUUGGUUGGAAACGCUUCCCUCCACUGGCUGCUGCUCUGUUCUCMUGCACCUCCAGAGAAAGGCGGGGUGAGUCUAUCCGGUCUAUCCCAAGCCCUGUCUAAAAACGGACUCCUUCGGACAUCUGAGAAUGAACAAAAACUCCGGGGCUGGGGCAAAGGCUGUUCAGAGGGAAACGCGUGUUGAGACCAUUAUUAAUAUCUGAGCCCAUUACGCACGGAGUUCAGAUACAGGAGUGACCGAGUCCUUCACGUUUAUGACAAUUUAGUUUAAUCACUUUAAAAAAAUACAGUGAUACAAUAAUUUAGAAUAUAAAUAUUAGUUUGCUACAGAGGUGAAUUGCAACAUUUCCAAAAACUCAAAGAUCUAUCGACAAUCAAAAGGACAUUUCCAAGGAAGCAUGAAGGAAUUAUCAACUUUCUGCCACAGGAUGACUCUGGUUGCUCUACUUCUAWCAACUGUCUCAGCUACCAAGAUGAACGUACCCCGACUCAGACUUUCAUACAAAGACCUCGUGGCCACCAACCGGUCCUCUAUCUUCAGUGGUCAUAACGGUCAGCUCUCUCUGACCGCUGUGUUUCUGGACGAGUACCACGACCGUCUGUUCCUGGGGGGCAAAGACGUCCUCUACUCCCUGAGACUGGACCAUACCAACCCGGACUCCAAAGAGAUCUACUGGCCUCCGUUGCCUGGUAACAAAGAUGACUGUGUCCAGAGAGGGAAGGAUUCUCAGACGGAGUGUGGCAACUUUGUGCGCCUGCUGCAGCCCUAUAACCGCACCCACCUGCUGGCCUGUGGUACGGGUGCCUUCCAGCCCAUGUGUGCCUAUGUGUACGUGGGCCACCGUGGAGAGCAUGUUUUCACCAUGGACCCUACCAAUGUGGAGAACGGGCGGGGGAAGGUUCCUCACGACCCCAGCCUCCCCUURGCGAGCACCUUUAUUGAUGACCGUGACAAUGACAAGGUGUACUUCUUCUUCACGGAGAAGGCCAUGGAGGCCGGGGACAGGGAGGGAGCCAUCCACACCCGCGUGGGACGAGUAUGUGCGAAUGACGCAGGUGGACAGAGAGUUCUGGUGAAUAAAUGGAGCACCUUCAUCAAGGCCAGACUGGUGUGUUCGGUACCUGGGCCUCAUGGCAUCAACACACACUUCGACGAGCUGGAGGGUAUCUUCCUGCUCAGAGGCAAGGAUGAGAAGAACCCAGAUGUUUACGCCAUCUUCAGCACCAUCAGUAACGUGUUCCAGGGCUUUGCAGUGUGCGUGUAUCGUAUGGCAGACAUCCGGGAAGCCUUCAACGGGCCGUUUGCGCACAAGGAGGGACCUGACUACCAGUGGGGGGCMUACGAGGGCAGAGUACCCUAUCCAAGACCUGGGGUGUGCCCCAGUAAAAUAACCAACCAGCCUGGCAGACAGUUUGGCAGUACCAAGGACUUCCCAGACACAGUGCUCCAGUUUGCCCGGGGGCACCCCUUGAUGUGGCGCCCGGUGUACCCAGCCAUGGGGCAGCCUGUGCUGGUCAAGGCCAACGUGCCCUACCGCCUCAAACAAAUCGUGGUGGACCGUGUGGAGGCGGAGGAUGGACAGUAUGACGUCAUGUUCAUAGGCACAGACAUAGGCACGGUGCUGAAGGUUAUCGCCCUGCGCAGCGGCAACUCUCUGGACACAGAGGAGGUCACUCUGGAGGAGCUGCAGGUCUUUAAGGUGCCAACUCCCAUUACCUCUUUGGACAUCUCAGUAAAAAGGCAAGCACUGUUCGUGGGUUCUCCAUUGGGUGUGGCUCAGCUGAGGCUCCACAGGUGUGAGACGUAUGGUAAGGCCUGUGCGGAAUGCUGCCUGGCCAGAGAUCCCUACUGCGCCUGGGACGGCACCUCCUGCACCCGCUACACCUCGCUCAGCAAACGUCGUUAUCGCCGCCAGGACAUCAGGCACGGCAACCCGGCCCUGCAGUGUAUGGAACAGAACCUCAGUGUGGAGGGGCUGGAUGUGACAGAGGAAAGGGUUGUGUACGGGGCAGAGAACAACAGCACCUUCCUGGAGUGUGUCCCCCGCUCCCCUCAGGCCACCGUCACAUGGCUGCUCCAACGAGACGACCGCAAGGAGGAGGUGAAGCUGGAUGAGCGGGUGAUGCGUACGGAGCAGGGCCUGCUGUUCCGCCGUGUGCUCCGUCAGGACGAGGGUGUGUACGUGUGUCGCUCACGCGAGCACGGCUUCACCCAGACCCUCACCCGCCUCUCUCUGGAGGUCCUGCAAGGGGACACACUGAGCGAGCUGCUGGCCCGUGACGACGCCCCCCUCGACGGUCCCCAGGGGGCGAAGGGCUACCGGGCCUGGCCUCCCUGCCACUCUCACAGGAGCACCGGCCCCCUCAGCCAACCGCGCUCCUGGUUCAAGGACAUCAUGCAGCUGAUUGGCCCGUCCAACCUGCCGCACGUGGAGGAGUACUGCGAGAGGUUGUGGUGCAARGACAAGCUGCGGCGCAAACACAAGAGCAUGCUGGACAAGUACCGGCAGGCGCAGGACAGCGCACGCAAGGCCCGCAACAAGGGCUCCGGGGAACGCAACCGGACGCCGCGGGACGUCAGCAGCCGACAGCCGUAGAGAGGAGGGAGGAACGGAGAGGGGGAGGAAAUAGAGGACUGAGAGAAGGACCGCAUGACACGAUUAAUGAGAGACUGAGAGAGYAAAGGAAGAGGUGGUAGUUGCAUGUAUUGCAGGAAGAGAGACACUGCCAACAGACUGUAGUGUUAAGGGUUGAGACUGAUGUGGACGGGGGGGAGGAGGGAGAGAGAGAGAGACAGGGACUCAUGGCACUCAUCAACUCUCAUUGACUUCAUGAAGAAACCCGCAACUGUUUUCACCAAGGGACCCCUCCUCCUCUCCAUUGCAACGUCAGUGACUCUGUAUAUGACUAUGGAUUGACUGUACCGUGCUGUAAAUACUGUGUGGGGUUGGACUGCUACAACUGAUGACCUUAGACCCCUUAUGGCGCCCAUCUCUCUUUGUUCCAUGAGCCCAUUCCACAUGAUGUACCCCUUAAAACAUAAUCUCCAGUCUGUUUGCCUUACCCUGCACCUCAUCAUACUUCUUCUUGAAGAAAUGGGGCUUAAUAGAAUUUUUUAAAAAGGGUUCCGUGGCUCACUUCAUGCACAGUAUUGCCUUCAAAGAGGUUCUAGAACACUGAAGCGCCGUUGUGUUUAGCAGUGUAAUCCCAUCACCCCGAACGUCAUUCACAACCGUAACAGUACAUUCUCAAGCAUGCAGCGUUGYGUGGACACAUACGUGCACUCACACAUCGUCCAUCACACACUCAGCCAUAACAACGCGCCGGAGCAUUGCUUCAACUGAACGUUUUCGUGAGACGAUUGUUGACGGUUCAACAGAGAAAAGGCCUGUUUUGUUUUAUCAGCUAGACUCCAGUUCCCACCAUUCCUAGUUGUGUCGUUCCUGACAAUAGAAGAAUAAAAGGGUCGUUGGCACUGGCUGAAUGUUCCCCUGGUGCUUUGUAAACACUGGUUCAUUAUUUAAAUACAGGAUUAGCCAUGAUCUUUCUCGCUCUGUUGUUAAAAGACAAUGUUUUCACUGACAGACAUCGCUGAAAGCUCUCCUUUCAAGGGCACUGGUUGUAGGGAAAGGGGGGGGGGGGGUCAGAGGAGUGAAGGGACAAGGAGGAUGGGACAGGGGUGAGGGUAGGAAAUUGGGCUGGGUUCUAAAUAAAGAAUAGGGGGCAGUGAAUGGGGUCGUAGACAGUAUGGGUGUUUUUUUUACAAUGGAUGGUGGAGGGAUAUUAAAUGAGUUGGGUUAAUGUGGGUGGGUGGGGUUCAGGGGACAGCUAUGCGAUCCUCCUUGGUUGGCUUGCGAAGGCAGCCAGGAGAAGUGUGGAGUUUAACAACUCCCACUUGCUCCCAUGCCUUGGUUGCUUUCACUGGCAUACAAACGUGCCUGUAGAGGAGGAAGAGGUGGAGGAAGAGAAAGAAAAGAAGAGAAGGAAAGGGUGGUGGAGGAAUACGGGCACUGGCGAAAAAAGGAGAGCUUGAAGUGCCAGUAUACACAACACCCAGUUCUGUAAAAAUCCGGAAUCCGUUUGUGUGAAGUAACUAUUUGGGAAUGUGGCACGUUGUUUCCUGCCUAUGAGAGUGACUUCAGAAUAUGUAACACAAGCGUCGCUCAAUCUUUCCGUUUAUUUUCCUAGUUUGAGAAAAGUGAGCCCUGUUGCUUUCUCUCCAAAUAUUGCGUCUGAUCGUAUCUUCUAAACCAACCAGAAUGUGACGGAGCAGAGAGCGUUGUUAAAUAGCCCAAGUCCCCUAGGCCUUUUUUGUCAAUUAUUUCUAAAUCCUAACGUUUUAGUUCAUGAUUGGUGUGUCAAUGAGUUAACAUGAGAUAAAGCAUUAUAUCUCGAGCAGUCGUCCCAUCUAAUCAUGUUUCGACUGUUGAUGACUUGAGUAGAUUAGGGCUGCCGUGAGCGGUUCGCUAUGCAGAGGCCUACCAGGUCUUAUUCUGAUUGGUUAUUUAAAAAAGCCAUUAAUAUAGCCUUGGAUAAAAGAGAAAAUGCUCCACACAACCCAAAAGCUUAUGGUUCACAGCUAUGGGAAAAAACAGUAUUCAAGGGGUAUCAACACAAAGAGUACAGUGAAUAUGAAUAAAACAAUGAAAAAGCUUUUGCUGCCAAAAUGUCAUUUGUUUUUGCCUGUUUUUAGAUUUUUGUGGCGCUCCAUCCUGCAGCUACUAUCAGCAGUAGUUUGAAGAAAAAAAUUGUGUUUCUGACAUACUUUGUGUUCAAAGUGUCAAUGUUGAACUGUAACAAAGUGAGAAUUCCAGUCGUUGAUAUGUGUGGUUUGUAACUCGUUGGAGGGGUCUCUUUUAUAGGGCCUAAUGUAAAUGUUUGCUGUAUUUAUGUCUUAUUUAAUGAGCUCUCCUGCAUGCGGUGUAAGUGUAUGCUAUUUAACAUAUUAAUACAGUUUUUUGUUUCUAACGUAAAA